CUUACAACGUCACUGAGCAUUCCAUGCUUAUCAAUACUGUUAUCACAUUGACUCAUUUAUUAUUCACAUUGCAUUAUCGAAGUUUCAUUUGGUAGGUAUUUAGCAUUAGUGAAAAAAAAAAAAAAUCUACUGCCAAAAACCCAUAAGUUAUCCUGAUACAUAUUAUAUUAAUUUUUGACAAACAACAGUGCGGCACCGUGCGUUUGUUUUGAACCCAAUAGUAUUGGUUGUUCGCUACUCAGAAAGUAAGUACUCGCGGUUAUUAUUUUAACCUCGAUUUAUUUAUAUACAAUGGUUAAUAACGUUUAUGAAUCUUGUUCAGAAAUGGCCGACGGAGAUGUGGUCAAAGACGGUGUGGACAAAUUAGCUAUCCACGAUGAUGACGAAAUUGAUUCAAACUACAAGCCGCCACCCGUGAAGUCUAUUGAAGAGCUUUUGAAUGCCGACAAGGAGGAUGCGAGCUUGCAGAAAUAUAAGGAAAAAUUACUGGGCGACGCUAAUAGCGUAAAAGUCAUAUUUGGUAGUUAUUACAAAUGAAUCUUGAAAAAAUGUAGUUUAAUUGAAAUUAACUAAUAAUUCAUUGAUAUACCUAUUUAAUUAUUUAUAAUUGAUACAAGUAUGAAAUAUUUUAAUAACUAGGUAGGUAUUUGUAAUAUUUAGGUUUAUGUAUUGGAUGAUAACUUGAACUUAUUGAUAGCUCAUUCGACUACCUUACAUAUCGCUUAGGAUGAAACUUAUAGAAAUUGUAUGUUUUUAUCUAUGUAUUCUAUUUAUAGUUAAACAUUUGUUCCAUAACUUACUGAGUUCAUAUUUGUGUUUUUUUUUUGUAUAUUUUGAUAAUUUUUUCUAAGAAUUGCAUAUUAAUGAUGUUUUGCAUUUUUAGUCAAAUUAUAUUUUUAUUUUCAACAUUUUCAACUACAGUCUCAAUAAUAAAGUGUCCAAACCAAAAAUAUAAAACGUAUAAUUGUAUUAUUCUUAUAUACAUAGUACCUCUUAUUAGUAAACUAUUGAAAAAUAUUAAUUAAAAAUAUAUUCUAACAGAAUAAUACUUAUCAAGACAUCGGGGAAUUUUAUUGUAUCUGGUUUUCUAACAAUGGAUUAUCGUUUAUGAGUAUAACAUGAUUAUUUUUUUCUUUGGGACCGUUAAAAUAAAAUUUAGUUUAGUCCUUCAUAGUUAUACAUUCGCUUUAUUUUGUGUGUUUAAUUGAUUUUAAAUACCGAAAGUAACUUGCUUGAAGACACACUACAGAAUUGGGUGAAAUUGUUUUUUUACAGCAUUAUAUUUUAUUUUGUAAAAAUUGCAAGGUUGAAGUUAUUGGAAGUAAAAGUUUUAUGUUGAUUCCAUUUUUUUGGAUCAGUUGAAAAUAUUCAGUACCUAUUAACUAUCUAUCUAUCCAUAUUUUUUUUUUUUACAUAUUUUCGAUUUUUUGUGCAUAUCUCUAAUGUUACCUCCUAUAACUUUUCAUCCCAACUUAUCACCUUCUUUAAUAUAAGUUAUUAUACAAAUACAUACAAUACAAUAAACUAAUCAUUCGAGAUGAGUUCACACCACCAGUUGGGAACUACUGUGUUCAACUGAUAAUAGUAUAAUGUAUAAGUAUAUAGGUGUGUAAAAUUAACAUUUCACGAGUUUUAAAAUUUAUCAAUAACAUACAAAUUAAUUAGUGUUCUCCUUUCCUUCUUUUUACAAUUAUUUGAGAUCAGUCAUUAAAAAAAUAAUUAGUAAUUUCAUAAAAAUGUUUAGUUUAUUUUAAAUGAUAACUUUCUUAAUCCAUAAUAUACAUAUUUUGUUUUUUUCACUUAACCAGGUCCUUCGCUACAACCACCAUUCCUCUUCAUCUGUCUUUGUAACUAUCUCUUCACUAUUAAAUAUUCCUAGCAUGGUAAGGUAUUUUUGGAUUUUGCCUGCCCAUCAUUGUUUUGGAUGACCCAACAGUUACAGUCUCAAUGCUCUUCAGUAUCCAUUUGGUGACCUGGCCUUACCAUUUGUGUUCUGCCCCUCCUAUCUUCCUGAUUUUCAUCGUUUUUACUAUAAUAUACAUAUAUAUAUUUAUUAUAUUUUAUACUUCAAUUAAUUUAUUUGAUUGGUUUAAUUUAUUUUUUCAGAUGAAAAUAAUCCAAAUAAAGUGAUUGUUAAAAAAUUAGCAUUGUGUGUUGCUGAUAGGCCAGACAUGGAACUUGAUUUGUCUGGAGAUUUAACAAAUUUGAAAAAACAGGUGAUUUAAAAUACAUUUUUAAAUUUAAACAAACUAUUAUUAGUGUAAAAUUAAAAAUUAAAUUCCAUUUAGGUGUUCAUUAUUAAAGAAGGAAUUUCAUACAAAAUUAGAAUAGACUUCAUAGUACAAAGAGAAAUUGUUCAUGGUCUCAAAUAUGUUCAAAAGACAUAUCGUCUUGGUGUACCAGGUAAUAUUUUUAAAAGUAUUUUUGUCUAAUAAAAAUAAAUUAUAAACUAUAGAAAUUCUAUUGGUAGGUAAAAAAUUAAUUUUUUCAUACAAAUUUCAAUUAGUAUUGCAUAACAAAAAAAAAACAAACGCCACAAAUAAUAUAAAUUCAAAAUAUAAUGAAAUUUAAAAAUAUUGAAUGAAAAAUGAACAAAGUAAUAAUUUUAUUUUUUAGUUUUUUUACAUAAUCAAAUAAUAGGAAACACUCAUUGAAAUAUGCCUAUUAUCAUAGUUUCUGGAAGAAUGCAUAAUAUUAGUUUCCAAAAUGUAACAAUAGAUUAUUUUUGCAUAAUUUGUACACUGUUCAUGUAAAAUAUCCAUUUGUAUUACAAUACAAUAUUGUAUACAUUAUGCAAGUGAUUUAUUGUUAUAAGCUAAUAAUUGUAAAUAGUUAAAUUAUUUUAUAAAUAGAUUAAAAGAAAUAUUCUGAGGAUCAAGAUUAUUAAAUUUUAGUUCCUUGUUCAUUGUACAUGAUAGGUUAGGUAUUUUAAUAUUUUAUAUUUCAUUCCUAUGAUAAACAACAAUGUGAUAUAGAUAGAUUGCUGGAUCAUGGCUUUUAUGUAUAAGAUAAACAAUAAAGAUACUAUGAAUUGCUCAUUUUGUGAAUAUUCAGGUGAUACAGUUUAACAGUCAAUACAUAUAUUUAAAAUAUUAAAUAUGGUCUAAUCUGAUCUAGGAGUGAGAGAAUAAGGGAUAGGAAAACAUUUUUAGUUAAAUAUACAUAAUAUAUCAAAAUUUUAUUUUAAUUAUUAUUAUUCUUGGGUAAAUGCAGUAAUAAUACUGAAUAAUUUUUUCUAGUAAUAUAAUUGUUUUAUAUUAUGUAUUGAGUAUUUAUCAUAAAUCAAUUUCUUAAUCAAAAUCCUAUGGACUUUUAUUUUUGGUUUAACUAUGUUAUUAUAUGAUUUUUUUCAAGAAUUCUUUUAACUAUUACAUUAUUUAUUUACUGCACAACUUUAAGAAAGAAUUAUUAUUGGUAUGGUUGUUUAAAGUAUAGAAAUAAUGUCAUUCCUAAUCCCUACAUUUAUUAUUUGAACUUGACGUAAUUUUAAAACUUAAAAGUUGAAAAUAAUUUGUAUAAAUAAAGUGCUUACUGAUUAAAAUAGUUAUUAUUUAUUGAUAUAAAACUUUUAUAUGAAUUUUAAAUGUGUCAUGUUUAUUUUUUUAAUUUGUUGUGUUAGCAUCAUUUACAAAGAAUUUAUUUGCUUUGAUUCUUUUUUUUGUGUUGAGAAAUAUUCAUUUCUUUGUAAGAAACGUGAUAUAAACAUUGUUGCUAAUUUUUUAACAUUUAAGAAGUUAUAUACUUUGAUGUGAAAAUGUGAAGUACAAAGAAAUAGUCAUAGUUCCAUUUGUUUAUUAGACAAUAAAAAGAAACAUAAGUUUUUGAUUUUAUACAUCAGCUAUAUUUUUAAUCAAUGUGAUAGACUUAUUUUAAUGAUGUUUUUGAAUGUGGUUUAAACUAAAACAGAAUUUGGUUUUCUUUUUUCAUUAUAUCUUUUAAUUUAGUAUUGUGUUUUAGAAAGUUGGUACUAAUGUUAAGUUAAUAUUAGGAUCUUGCAAUAAUUUUUCUGUAAUGCAGUUAGUACAUACACAGAUCCCGGAAAGGUUUAAAAUAUUUUUAUCACUUGUAUACUUGUUUAAAUGAAAAUAAACAUAAGAGGAAAUAAAUGCAGAGAAAUACUGAAGAAAAAGAGAUGGUUGGAUGUGACUGAGAAUGAUUAGCCAGCAAGUGUAUAUUAAAAAAGUAUUAAAUUAUAGUACAUGAAAUAAUACUGUUUAGUGCAAAACGGAAUUCCUUUGUGCAAAAAUAUAAUUAUCAAAAACAGGCUUAUUUUAUAUUUUUUAUUUGUUUACGCCAAAUGAGUUUUAUAUUAAAAAACAUUAAUUCCUAUAAUAGAAAUAGACUUAACUAAACUGAUAAAGUGCAAUUUUAACAAUAAUAAACAAACUUAUUUUUUAGUCGAACAUUACAUAAUUUAACAUAUUGAUAAAUUAAAUAGAAAAAGAAGGAGAGGUUGCUGUUUGUGGUUACUUGAAAAUAAAAUAAAUGUAAAAUUAACAUAUUUUAUAAACAAAAAAUACAGAAAUGAUAUUGGUUGGCCAAUGGACACUGUAUAAUUUAAAAUUGACUCCCAUGUCUACAGAGUUAUGGUAUAUAUUUUCCUAAUCAUGAUUAUUAACUAUAAAUGGUAAUUAAAAAUAUAGUUUCGUUAAUGUCUUGGCUUUGGGAUAUUAUAAUAUUUUUAAUAUUUUGUUAUUGAAUGAAUUAAAUCGUACAUAAUAUUUUUAAACAAUAUUUAUGUAUAAUCGUAAAUAUUGAAUGACUGAAUUUAGGUUUGUUUGAUUUAUCAUUCAUGUUUUAAGUUAUCCCUCUGAUAUAUAAUUUUAAUAACUAUUUUCAUUAAUGGUAAACUGUAUUUGUUUGUGCUGCGAAACAGUUCAAGGUAAAUAAGUAAUAAUUUAAAAAUCAUUCCUUUGUUUUAAAUCAUAUUAUUUUGUUGUUUGUUUUAGUGGAUAAAAUGACCCAUAUGGUGGGAUCAUACCCACCAAAAAUGGAAAUACAGAGUUAUACAACACCAGCUGAAGACGCUCCUAGUGGUUUGAUGGCACGCGGUUCAUACACAGUUCAUUCUUUAUUUACUGAUGAUGAUAAAAAUGAACAUUUAAAAUGGGAAUGGGUAUUUGAGAUAAAAAAAGACUGGAAGGACAACUGAUUUACAGGGAAUUUCAUUAUCAGUUAUACAUUUAUAACAACUAAAUUUAAAUUGCUUACAAAAUAUGGUAUACAUUUAAUAUGUUUAUUUCAAUAAUUUUUUUUUUAUAUAUUUAUAUAUACAUAUAUAAUAUGAAUAAUUUUAAUUUUAAUAUGCCAAAUCAAUUUAUUCAUUUGUAUUACUACUAUUAUUAUUAUUAUUGUAAUAUUCAUUAAUAUUGAAUGAUUACUUAAUAUUUAUUCAUACUCACACACACACACACACACACAUAUGUAUGUAUUCAUAUAUAUGUAUAUAUAAAUAAUAUUUUAUUUAGACUACUUAUUUUAUGGUGCCAAAGUUAUAAUUCGAUCAAACUCUUAACUACUCAGGUCUCUAAUUGGAAGUUAUUUGGAAAAAUAUUAUUUUUAAUUAAUUGUUGUUAGGGACCAUGAGAUUUUUAUCGAACAAUGUAUUUUAGUUUUUGUUAUUUUAAUUAACACCACUUGAAAAUUAAAUAUUGCAUAUUUUUGUAAAAUGAAAAUAAAAUUUUUAUUGUAUUUUUUUUUUACUUGCAUCGUAUAUAAUUAUAUUCUUAUAUUUAAUAUACAUUGAUAAGUUUUUAAGUUUUAUAUAAUAGAUUACAAAAUAAAUGAUUAAUAUUAAUUAAUUCCCUUUAUUAAAUAAUAACAUUUUUAAUUGUCAUAGUAAAUAAUAAUUGAUUUCCGCAUUUAUGGAGACAAAAUAAAAUCACAGUGUGAAAAUUUAUUACAUAUACACAUUAUAUUUUUGAACAGUUUUACAUUUGUUUUACUACCUUGGAAUAUAAUAUUACAAGUUUAUAAUUUUACUUUUUAAAACACAAAAAAUAUGUUUAAAAAAAAUUAUUAUGUCAGUGAAAUAGUAAUACAAUUUAUUAUCAGUAGCGACGUCUAUCUCUAUCUCUUCUAUCCCGUUUAUGACUUCGACUACGACUACGUGAACGAUGUCUACUAUGACGACUGCGUGAUCUGUUAACAUAUAUGUAAAAACCGUCAUAUUUAUGUUAUGAGCAAAAUAAAUUAAAAAUAUUAACCUAGAUCGUCGGUGACGAUCACUUCGAUCUGUACUUCUUGAUCUAUGACUUCUUUUAUCUUCCUUUUUAAAACGUUCUUGUUCAUCAAAUUUACGACGAGCUUCGUGUCUUUCUUCAUAGUUUUUCUGUAUAAUACACACUUUUUUUAGAUACUAUGUUUGUGUUAGUAAAAAUGAUUAAUCUUACUUCGAGUUCAGUUAGUUUUUCUCUUAUUUUAAUAAAUCCUAGAUGCAAUUUUCCACCAAAGUGAUCAGCUAAUCUUCUAUCAUUAUCAUGAAUACCUAAAUAAGCUGAACAUACAUCACACACUCUUAAUUUUUGCUGUUGAUAACUGCUUACGGGCAUUGAAUUCCUGUAAGUAUCUUCCGCUUCGGAUUUCUUCUUACGUAGUUCUUCGAUCUUAAUUUUUAUUAAUUUAUUUUAAAACAUUUAUUAUUAAUAAUUAAUAAAAGUAAUAUAAACAUACUUCUCCCAUUAAUUUAAGACUGUCAUCCACCAAACCCUGGGCACCUAGUUCUUCAGCUUUAGCCAAUGUUUGUCCUAUUUUUUCAGCUAAUUCAUGAACAGCAUUUGCUUUUUCAGCUACUUCAGCAGUAAGUUCUUCCUGAGUUUCAAGUAAUCUUUUACGGGCUGAUUCUGUCCUCCGGUCACAGUCACUAAUAAAUGCUUGUAAAUGUUCAGUAGCCUAU